UCCUUCCCUCCUGCAGCUCCUCCUCCAACUGGAAAGUGAAAGUGAAAGAAUUUCAGAGAGGAGAACAAACAGUCUUCUUCCUCUGAGAGACGGCAGACAUGGAGGACCACAAUCAACUGAUCCGAGACGAGUCAGAGAACGAAGCUCCAGAUUCUUGGAGGAAGUUCUUCAUCAUCCUGACAGGAAUAACAAAUGGAGCUCAUCAAUCUGUUGUUAGAACCUUUAAAUCUGAGGGUCAAACUGAGGCGAGGUCUCCUGAAGACGCUGACUACUGUCUGGUUUUCUGUCCCGUCUCUUCUCGGGUUGGGACAGACGUCAGUGAGGCCAUGGAGCAUCUUCCUGCUGGUAAAGACGCCGUUCUGGUGGUGAUGCAUUACACCUCCAAUACCGAACAAGUGAUUCCUCCGAGCCGCAGAGUGGUGACAGACCAGAGAGUCCAGCUGACUCUGGACUGUCUGUUCUACCAGAAGAAGCUGCUCAGCUGUGAACUCAACAGGAACAUGAACAACAACAUCAGGAAGUUCUUCAGAGCCUCCCGGUCACAGGUGUGGUUGUUCAUUGCAUCUCUUGGACUCCGGCCUCAGAGUUGGUCCAUCCGUAAAUCUUCUUGGAGGAAGUUCUUCACCAUCCUGACAGGAAUAACAAAUGGAGCUCAUCAAUCUGUUGUUAGAACCUUUAAAUCUGAGGGUCAAACUGAGGCGACGUCUCCUGAAGACGCUGACUACUGUCUGGUUUUCUGUCCCGUCUCUUCUCGGGUUGGGACAGACGUCAGUGAGGCCAUGGAGCAUCUUCCUGCUGGUAAAGCAGCCGUUCUGGUGGUGAUGCAUCACACCUUCAACACCGAACAAGUGAUUCCUCUGAGCCGCAGACUGGUGACAGACCCGAGAGUCCAGCUGACUCUGGACUGUCUGUUCCACCAGAACAAACUGCUCAGCUGUGAACUCAACAGGAACAUGGAGAACGACAUCAGGAAGUUCUUCAGAGCCUCCCAGUCACAGGUGUGGUUGUCCAUUGCAUCUCCUGGACUCUGGCCUCAGAGUUGGUCCAUCCGUAAAUGUGCGACCUGUUUGAGCAUAAUGAUCAUCAUGUUCAUCAGCUUUCAUUCUUGUUUACAUCAUGGAACCUCAACCAACAGUACCGUGGAGAUACAGUCUGCGUCUGAAUCCAACAAGGUGCCAGUCAUGGCAGAAGGACUUCCUAUCAGAGACGAGUCAGAGGACGAAGCUCCAGAAUCUUGGGAGAAGUUCUUCAUCAUCCUGACAGGAAGAACAAAUGGAACUCAUCAAUCUGUUGUUGAAACCUUAAAAUCUUUGGGUCAAACUGAGGCGACGUCUCCUGAAGAAGCUGACUACUGUCUGGUUUUCUGUCCCGUCAUCGUUCAAACGGAAAUCAGCGAGGCCAUGGAGCAUCUGCUCGCUGGUAAAGCAGCCGUUCUGGUGGUGAUGCAUCACACCUUCAAUCCUGAGCGAGAGAUUUCUCCCAGCAGCAGACUGGUGACAGACCCGAGAGUCCGACUGACUCUGGACUGUCUGUUCUACCACGACAAAUUGCUCGAAGGUAAAUUCAACAGGAACAUGGAGACCAGCAUCAAGACGUUCUUCAGAGCCUCCCAGUCAGAGACGCCUCAACAGGAUGGUCGGAGGAGGUCGAUGGAGGAAACUGAAUAUUUCUCAGACAGUUUGCAAAUACCAGAGAGAAUGAAGGAAUUAGAGAAAGAGUUGAAGCAGGAAGUUGAUCCUCUUGUCAAAUCCAAGUCCAGUGAAGUUCCAGCUGCUCCAGAUGUCAGAGGAGAACCUGGAUCCACGGAUCAGGAGAACACUGACAGCAUGGAGACACCUCCACCAGCUGGUCCAAGUGGGUCGGAGGAAAGUUCACUGCAGACGAUCCUCCAGAACCUGCAGAAGGAAAUGGAAACUCUGAAAAAUCAAAAUGCUAAAGAAAUGGAAGCUCUGAAAAAACAAAAAGGUGAAGAAAUGGACACCCAGAAAAGCCAAAAUGCUGAAGUACGAGCUGGACAUGCUCAAGAAAUAGAAGCUUUGAAAAAACAAAAUACCGAACCCCUGAAAGAAGUGGCAGAGCAGACGCAGAAAGGUGCUCUUCCUGUCAAAUCCCGGUCCAGAGAUGUUUCAGUUCCUACAAACAGUAAAGGAGAAGUGAGAUCCAUGGACCAUCGGGACACUUUCAGCAAGAAGGUGCCAGUCAUGGCAGGAGGACUUCCUGUCAGAGACGAGUCAGAGGACAAAGCUCCAGCUUCUUGGAAGAAGUUCUUCAUCAUCCUGGCAGGAAUAACAAACGGAGCUCAUCAGUCUGUUGUUAGAACCUUUAAAUCUGUGGGUCAAACUGAAGCGAGAUCUCCUGAAGACGCUGACUACUGUCUGGUUUUCUGUCCCAUCUCUUCUCGGGUUGGAGUGAAUGUCCAUGAGGCCAUGAAUCAUCUUCUUACUGGUAAAGCAGUCGUUCUGGUGGUGAUGCAUCACACCUUCAAUCCUGAACAAGUGAUUCCUCCGAGUCGCAGACUGGUGACAGACCCGAGAGUCCGACUGACUCUGGACUGUCUGUUCCACCAGAACAAGCUGCUCAGCUGUCAACUCAACAAGAACAUGGAGAAAAAUGUCAUGGAGUUCUUCAGAGCCUUCACCUCAAAGACUCAUCAGUCUGAUCAAGGCGUGGUUGAGGGCUUCAAAAACUCCUUCUUCAACUGGAUAACACCAGAGAAUUUUAAGGAAAUGGUGCAUGACGUGGCAGAACUGAAGCAGCAAGUUGAUUUUCUUGUCAAAGCCCAGUCCAGUGAUGGUCCAGUUCCUGCAGACCGUGAAGGAGAACCUGGAUCCAUGGAUCAGGAGAACGACACUGACAACAUGGAGCUGCAGACGCCUCAACAGGAUGGUCUGAAGAGGUUACGGGAGGAAAUUGAAAAUUUCUCCUGCAGUUGGCAAAUUCCAAAAAGAAUGAAGAAAUUAGAGAAUGACGUGGCAGAGUUGAAGCAGGAAGUUGAUCCUCUUGUCAAAGCCAAGUCCAAUGAAGUUCCAGCUGCUCCAGAUGUCAGAGGAGAACCUGGAUCCACGGAUCAGGAGAACACUGACAGCAUGGAGACAUCUCCACCAGCUGGUCCAAGUGGGUCGCAGGACAUUUCACUGCAGAAGAUCCUCCAGGGCCUGCUGGGGGAAAUGGAAGCUCUGAAAAAUCAAACUGCUAAAGAAAAGCAUCAUCUGAAAAAUCAAAUGGAAGCUCUGAAAAAUCAAAACACUGAAUUACAGAAAGAAGUGGCAAAGCUGAAGCAACAAGUUGGUUUUCCUGCCAAAUCCCAGUCCAGUGAUGGUUCAGAUCCUGCAGAAAGUGACGGAGCACCUCAACGCCAUGUCUGCAGCUGGAACUCAGAACUGCAGCAACAUGGAGAUUCUCUGAGCUGAAGUAAAAAUGGAAUCUGAACCUUUUCAGCUCCACUGAAACACAGAUGAUCAUCCUGUGAGACCAAAGCUGGAAGAAUCCCAACAUGUGGAUCAUGUGGAUGUGAAGGGAUCAAACUGAAGGGUGGAGCUGCUGGAGGGACUGAGUGAUGGAGCUGAGGCUGAUGUUGAUCUUUGGGUCUUAAAUCUGGUCUUUGGGAGUCGAACUCUUGAAGUCAUGCUUGAAAAUUUAAUGCAGUUUAUUUCCAAUUCUGUUUCUUCACUGCAACAGCUGCUAGCAUCAGUCUACCUACGAAUGGUCAAAGGUUUUGUUUCUUAAUAAAUUCUCAAGGUGA